AUCUAAAUAGGCCACUUCUUGGACGACAGCAUACUGUAUUUCUACAUUUUACAAUUUGAAGCAAGUAUGGCUCUCACGCACAUGUUCCGAAUACCAUUUAAUGUCUGGAAAAUCAGGAAGAUCUUGUUCACCUGCCCCAAUAUAUCUAAUACAUUUCCUGCAAAUUCAAAAUUAGAUCUUUCUAAAUGUUCAUCAAUUGUAACGCCACGUUUAUCCAAAUGAGACCCAAAAUGGUCAUGAGGAAAUAUUAAACCAGCCAGUUCCCGACUAAGAGGAGCCAUUCCGCGCUCUACUCUGUUACACGCACUUCUUUCAGGAGCAUUGGUAGCU